UCUGAGAGCUUCAGGCAUCACAGCCAAGGGUACAAUAUGGUGCAGCAUGAGGUGUUCAGUCUGCAGAAUGCUGGGUUGUUUUCUCAACUUCAAGCCCUGGCUGGGAUGACUUAGCUGGUGGGAAAGGCAUGUGGUUUCUGCCAUGUGUCUAUAACCAAACAAGCAUUCACUAAGCACCCAACCACCACCCCAGGACCUUACUGAGGGAAUUAGGGCUCACUUUGGUGGCCUAGUCAAAAUUGUCUAUUUUAUGAGUUAUGACAGUCAGCUUUCCUGGUAAACAGGGAGUGAGAAGACUUGUCAAUAUUUUGAAGAAUGAAGACUGAAAUUAAAUGUGCCCAAUGGGAAGAGGCCUCACGAUUUAAUAUUGACUAAGGGAGUGGUAACUGUGGUGGAUUUAGAUGUCGAUGUAAGUGUCUGUGAUGAGUUGGGAGGUUUAUGCAUGAUGACAGGAAACAGAACAUGAAUGAAAAGAAUUGUCAGAGAAUCUGAAAGAGAAAAAGUGUUUGUUAAUUUCUGUCUCUCUUCUUUAAUAGAACUGACAUUCUCUACCCUAGCAUGAAAGCUAUAGCUAGGCGAAUAGGGAAAGAAGAUGAAUUUGCAGGACUUAUAAUAAGUAGUAAGUCUACUCUUCCCCCUAAAGGAGCUUCAGAAAUUGAAAUAAAAACUCAGCAGACCUUUGGAAACACCAAGUAAUGAGAGAAAACUUUUCAGUUAUCAGACCACAAAUAGUCGAAAAUUUUGUACAGAGAUUACUGGAGAAUUACCAGGAUGGUGGACUAGAGAUCACUUUCAGGAAAGACCACCUCGAGGCCUGUCUCCUUUCCCUGGGUUGUGACGUGAUGGCCAGAGAACGCAGCAACUUCGAGAGCUACUCCAUGUGUUACGAGCAUGUAUUGGAGCAUGCUAGGCAGAAGCUCUGCCAGAAAGAGCAAGAAUUAGACAUUAUACGAAGAGGUCACAGUCCACCUGAAGACAAGGCGGGUCAGAUUGCAGAGCUCAGUCACAAUAUGAUCAUGGAAGUCACUGCCCUGAGAACUCGACUCAUGGAUUUGGAGGAGGAGACUCUGGAUCUCAAAAAGCAAAUUCGAAAAGAAGUCCAAGAAGAAUAUGAAGCAUUAGUUCAAGCUUUGUUUGUGACAUGUUUGCACAUCAAAGCGCAAUUGCUGAAAGAAUUAGAUCACAGAGUGACCCAGGAAGCUCUCCACCGGCAGCAGCUGGAUUUAAUGAAAAUCGCCAGCAUGGAGAAGCUUUUGGAGGAUGUGGAGCAACAAGAACAGCACCUGCAGCUCCUUACUGAAGAGGCCAAGAGGGCUUCUAAACUGGGCCAGCUCCAGCAGAAGAAAAUUCAGGGAGAACUCCGACAGGUAACUCCAGUGAGAGGUAGUAAAUCAGGGUGUACCAGCCACAGCUGUUUCAUUUUUCCUCUGUCUUUUCCAUGCCUCUCAUGCAUCCACAGCGGUGUUCCUCACCUUUGUCACUCCCAGAAACAGCAGGAAAAUGGAAAUAUCUAUACCUGGGUGAUUGUUCAGGCUGCUUGUGACGAAAGAUGAUGGCUUGACUGCCACGAGGCCCAGAAUCUUGGCAUCUUUGUAAGCCACUUGAAAAACAUAUUUCUACCUGGCUCUAAUCUUUGAACUAGGAGGGAUAUUUUGGAAAAUCCCAACAAGUAAUCUGGAAAAGCAGCAAGUAUUAUGGAAGCUAUUAUAAGGGAAUUUUAUUCAUGGUUUUUCUGGAACUGCAGAAAUAAAAAAGGAAAGACAAAGUGGUUUCCAGACCCAAUAUGUUCUUCUUAAAUAUACCCCACAGCAAAAAAAAAAAAAAAAAAAAAAAAGGAGGAAAUAAUAUAGUGUACAUGCGGACUAAUGCAAGUCCCAACAAAGGAGACCACAGAAUGAAAUUCAACACAAAGGGAAAAAACAAAAAACAAAAAAAACCGAGCACCUUCUGGGGUAGGUGCUUCACACAUAUUCAUUGAAUGAAUAAGUCAGUUAAUUCACCAGAGAUGUUAGGAAACAGAAAUCAGAGGUUUAAAUUAAAUGAUUGGCCAAGUGUUUCAAGUGCUCAAGGAGAUCAGUAAGGAGAAUUUUACAAAAAUAAAUGAAAAAAAAAAAAGGAUAAAAAAUGUAUCCUCUCGGGCUUCCCUGGUGGCACAGUGGUUGA